AUUGUCGGCCAGUACGACACAGAAAGCGCUAGACGCCCAAGUUAUUUUUUUCGUUCCAUUCCAACACAUUCGUUAAAGAGCUGGAUCUUCAUUUCAAAUAUCUAAAGUCAAUAUGCAAUUCACCACAUUCGCCCUCUCAGCCCUGAGCAUUGGCUCUGCUCUGGCAGCCAGCUCAGUAACGGUCCACGUCGUCCAAGUCGGCGCCGCCAACGGCACCCUCGCCUACUUCCCCAACAACAUCAAAGCCGCCGUCGGCGACAUGAUCCAAUUCCAAUUCGCGCCCAACAACCACACCGUCACGCAAUCCACCUUCGACCAGCCCUGCAUGCCCAUCGCCAUGAACUCCAACGUCACCGGCGUCUACUCGGGCUUCAUGCCCGUGACGGCCUCCGCGACCACCACCCCGACUUACACCGUGAUGGUUAAUGCCACCACGCCCAUGUGGUUCUACUGCUCGCAGGGAAAGCAUUGUCAGAAUGGUAUGACGAUGGUUGUUAAUGAGAACACAGCAGCAAACAGCACCCGCUCGCUCGCCAACUUCCAAUCCCUGGCCGCCAAAGCAACAGUCAACCUCCCCGGCGGCGCCAUCGCCGACGGCACCGCCGGCUCCACCGCCUCCAACAGCUCCUCGUCCUCCUCUGGCUCGUCUACGUCCUCGUCUGCCGGAACCAAGAGCACGAGCGCGAGUGCCGCCGGUAGAGUGAGGGUUGGGGAGGCCGAUGUGUGA